AUGCAGUGGGCAUACCUCCUCGGGCUGGUUGCUGCAGCCACCGCCGGCCAUGUCUCGAUCCCCUUCUCUCGUCAAGACUACUCUGCGUCGGCCGCACUAGUCAAGCGUCAGGCCUCAAAGGACAUCACCCUGGAGGCCCUCAACAACCUCACCGGCGGCGGCUACUACUCCGAGUUCUCGAUUGGAACUCCUCCCCAGAAAGUCAGCUUCCUACUCGACACCGGUAGCAGCGACACCUGGGUGAACUCGGUUGAAGCCGAUGUAUGCACCAAUAAGCAACUUCAGGCUAGUAUCGGACCUUGCCAUGCAACAUUCAAUCCGAGCAAUAGCUCGACAUACAGUUUGGUCUCCAGCGAUGGCUUUGAUAUUAAGUAUCUCGAUAGUACCGAGAUUUCCGGUGACUACUUCAACGACACGGUCCACAUCGGAUCCGUCUCCAUCAAGAACCAGCAGCUUGGUCUUGCUCUCCAAUCCCUUAGGCCAACGGGAAUCAUGGGGUUGGGCUUGAGUGCGAAUGUCGCCACCCGGCAGAAGUACAAGACCAUCGUGGAUAAUCUUGUCGACCAAGGUUUCAUUGACAGGGCUGCAUUCAGCUUGUAUCUGAAUGAUCUGGAGUCCGACUCUGGCACUGUUCUCUUUGGCGCAAUUGAUCAGAAAAAGUUCAUCGGUAACCUGACCGUCCUCCCUCUCACGUCCCAGCAAGCUGGCUCCCAGGUCACAUCCUUCAAUGUCAAACUAUUGGGCUUUGACCUGCUGAACCCUGACGGGAAAAACAUUUUGGAUCUGUCCAACUUCAACGCCAACACCAUCCUGGAUUCAGGUUCCACCAUCUCCCUGCUCCCUGAUAAACAAGUCCAACAGAUCUGGAAACAGUUUGGCGUGGUCAGCAUAAAGGGUGUACUGUCCCCUUUCGUCGAUUGUGCUUACCGUGGAAGCCGUGGUGAUGGCUACAUCUUCGAGUUCCGAUUCAAUGGAAAGACGAUUCAAGUUCCCAUGCAGGAGAUGGUCAUAGACGCCUACGCCGAUGUGCAGGAAGUCUUUCAGGACCCUUCGGUGGCUAGACUCUUCAAAGGCUGGGAUAGAGUCUGCAUAUUUGGCAUCUCUUCCACCGCCAGCUUCAGUGUGCCCUCGACCUUCACUCUUCUGGGCGCCUCCUUUCUUCGUUCAGCGUAUGUCGUGUACGAUCUGACCAACGAGCAAUUGGCCAUCGGUCAGGCAAACCUGAACAGCACCGACUCGGACAUCGUCGAAAUCAAGUCGGGCAUUGCUAUUCCAUCCGUCACCGGAGUGGCGAGCCAGACGUCGAAUGCCUUGCCUACCAGGACGUCAAGUGCCACUCAGACAACCUCGACGUCGCAGUCUACAGGAACCAGCGCUUCAGACAAUAACAACGCCUCUUCACGCACCUUGUCAUCACCGCCACUGGCGGCCAUUAUGGCGCUUUUAUGCCUUGCCGCUCCAUUUGCGCUGUAG